AUGCUGAACGGACAGGAACAAGCGAGACAACAGCAGAAGGAACCAGGAACAAAUUGCGAUCUCCACUCAGAUCUCAAAAGAUGCAACACAAACACAAAAUGGCGGAAGCCUCUAGCCUUCCUGAGGAAGUAUGGGUUUCACAUAAUUGUAUACCUUGCACAUAUUCAGGAUGUUCUUAAUUUAGGAUGUACGAGUAGAAGACUGUACGAACUAACAAAUCAAAAUGUUAUAUGGAAAAGACGUUUUAAAGGUAACAAUUAUCACUUGCUGCAACUUCAUCAAAACAUUCGCGUUCACAAUGUCGCCACUUCGAACGAAGAAAGCGGAAACUUUGAUGUGGAGCCAGGAUUCUGGAAGAAGUUGUAUCUUAGGGCCAGUCAUGCUCUCUCAUUUAAAAACAGGAGAAACGGAUGGCUCUCCAGCGUCGAAGGGGAAAGAUUGUGCGCAGAGUUUGUAACUAACCCGGGUGGACCUGAAAAUAGACGUUUGAUAAAUGGAGUUCGAUUUGACGACCGGGCUCCGAAAAAGCAAAGCGUAGAGCUUUGGGUUAAACUUAACACGAGGAAACCAGAUGGAAUAAUUAUUGGAUGCCAGAGUGAAUCAGUAAGCUCCAGCCGGUGGCCUCAAUAUCACUGGCAGGUACUUCAUGUGGGUCCAGAUGGCCACAUCAGAGGUUCCCUGGAACCCUACAAGUACAUGAAAGGACCCUGCAUCAAUGAUGGACAGUGGCACCACCUUGCACUAGCUGCAUCGUCAGACUGGCAGUGCAUGUUUGUAGAUGGACGCAUUGUUUGCUCCAUAAAUUUUGGAAUUGGACAUGAACUUCACAGACAUUAUAUGAGACACAGUCAAAUUGGCAAUGGUGUCAUCAGUCAUGGAGUGUGCACACCUUGGAGUGAUGAUGCCAUGCCUCAAGGCCAUUGUGGAUGGUAUCCUUUCAAUGGUUUGGUAAGAGAAGUCCGCAUCUGGUCUUGCAUGUUGUCAGAAUCUACAGUGCGUCGAAACAUGCAUGUACAGCGAAUAGACCUUGCUCAAUCAGCAUCACAUGGCCAUGACAAUAAUGCUCUGAUUGGCUACUGGCCCAUGAACAGACUAAUGUCUGGCCCAUGGCCAUGGCAAGGAUCUCUAGUAUCUUGUACAUCCCACCUAGAACCACACAGGGAGAAGCAUGUACAGUUGUGUAUUGUAUGUGCCAGUUUAAUAUGACACUGGUCUCGUGUGAAAUAAUUGAGUUAAUCAGUGAAUCUAUCUUUAUUCACUUUGCCAUGUUGAUACAGUAUAAUGGAACUCUAUUCCAAUAUAGUAAGAAAGUAAGUUAUUGUAUAUGGCGAUUGAAGGAACUGAGUUAUGAUUAGGAACUUAUUUCAUAUCUUAAUGCACCAUCUGUGUUAGGUUUAGUCUAAACUUGUGACAGUUUGUUCACUUCAAGUGACGGUUAUUAAACUUUUGAUUGUCAUCAGAAAGAAAACCUUCACUAGUUCAGCACUUUGUAACAUAUCUGCCAUGAGAACUCAUCUAUAUGUGCAACCACAGGAAGCUACUUGAUGUCUUAGUUCAAUCUGAACAUCAGAACGUAUAGAUAUAAAUUGAAUGUGCAUUUAGGACAAGGUUAUUGUUACAUCUUCCGACACAAUAAAUUACACUGAUAAUACUCAAAUGAAAA